AUGCUGCAGGUCACAAACAUAGAAACCAAAUCCGAUAUUUCUACACAGCCUGAAAAUCGGGUUAAAGCUAAGGUGAAAAGUAGAUCAAAUGGUACAACUACAAAUACGAAAACAAUUAAAACACCAGGUACUAGAGUAGAGAGAGUGGCUCAAGCAUGCGAUAGGUGCCGUGCAAAGAAAACCAAAUGUGAUGGUAAAGUACCAACUUGUUCCAGUUGUGCAGCAGUCGGGUUUAAGUGUAUCGUUUCUGAUAAGUUAUCAAGACGGGCAUUUCCUAAGGGAUACACCGAGACAUUAGAGGAAAGAAUUAGACAGCUUGAAAUAGAGAACAAAAAGUUGGUAGGGAUCCUCGAUUUACGGGACGAACAGCUUGAUAUGCUAAAUACGAGAAUGAAUGGUCAAGAUGCCAGUUUCGACGAUAUACGAUCGAGUGGUUCUGUAAAGGACAACGAGAUGCAACCAGUAACAUCUUCGAAUUUGUCUCUUUUGGAUAAGCAGCAUACUGAAAGGCUUCACGAGCAUGAUGAUGGGUGUCCUUGUGGUUGUUCGAACUUCCCUCAUUCGAUGCACGAGAGGCCAGUUUCUAUUGCAGGAUCGGUAUAUGAUACGGCUACUGGUCAGGCAUCUGUUCCAGGAUCCAUAAACUUAAGUGAUAAUGACGAUAACGAGAGUCUACUCAGUGACAAUGAUUUACUGCUGAUUUAUUCUCUGAAUAAUAGGGCCUUACUAAAUGCCAAUAUAUCAAACUUAACCAAGACCGGCCAUGUUAUUGGGGGUGAAACUACCCCAGCACCAGGUGCUUUUGCUGCUGCAACGGCUAUUGCACAAAUGCAAAAAAAUCGACCUUUAUCACAGCAACAGCAAUUGGAGCAUAAAGAACAAAACAAAAAACAAAUGCUUACAUCGUUAGUUGCAAUGUCAAUUCCAAGAAGUACUGAGGAAACCUUAUUUAUUCCAACCCUCUUAUCUAAAAUUUGCCAGGUCCACGGUUACAAUUCAAAACCAGCAAUACUAACUGCAAAUGCAAUAGCCUCAUUAAAAGAAAAUACUAAUGAGACCAUGAAAAAUGAUUCAUCGUCUAAUAAAAGUAGAGACGAUGAAAUGCUACUCAAAAUAAUAAUGAAUAGGUCAAACUUACAGAAAUUACCAGAAGCAGAAGCCAUUUACUUCAUUAGAAACUUAAUUAGUUUGCCGAAUUCUAGAAUAGACUUGGAUCAUUUGAUAACGGUUUAUUUCCAAGACUGGGGAAAUGCUUUCCCAAUAAUAGACAAAAACUCGUUUUUAAAGAAAUAUGUGAAAUUUACUGAACUAUUAGAACUGGGCCUGACAGACUCCUUUUCUAACGAGGAGUCUUCUGAAUCAAUUGAAAAAUUUGGUGUACUUAUGAUAUUGAUAUUAAGUUUAAGUUUAUUGUCUAAUAAGCAUAGCCAUAUGUCAUCGAAAGGUAAUAUAGACCUGAAUGAAAUCGCUAAGAAGUAUGUGUCUUAUUUGAACCAUUAUGACUAUCUUAUUCACCAGUUCAUAAAUUCAAAUUGUAUAAUGACAAAGCACUGUUCAAUCCAGUCUCUUCAAAUCCUAACCCUAUCAUUACAGUACUGUCUUGUUAUUGGUGAUAUCACUACUUGCUAUGAAUUAAGAUGCAGAGUCAUCACAAUGGCACAACAGUUGAGAUUACAUAGAUGUCCUGCAGCUGUCUUGGGGGUAACAGGUAAUAAUGGUGGAAGUGUUAAUUUGCAGAACUUCAUGCAAGGUGAAAGGCGUAUUUUGUUUUGGUGUAUUUAUUGUCUAGACAUUUACUCAUCGUUGAACUUAGGUGUUCCAAGAUUAUUGAAGGAUUUUGAAAUUGAAUGUGCAUUACCUUUUUCUGGGAAAAAUGAUGAUGAUAACGACGAUAAUGAAAAUAUUUUGAUUGUAAAUAAUACCAAGUUAUCUAUUGUUGGUAAGGUUUCUAAACUUGCUUUAAGUGUCAUGUUGUAUUGCAAAGUUUUAGGACGUAUUUUGGAUUCUAUUUUUGCAAGAUUUGAAAAUACCGAUGGGCAGAAUAAAGCUAUGGAUCAAGAGCGUAUGCUUGAUUGUUGGAGAAGGGAGUUGCCUACUGACUUGAAAUUUGAUAUUGACGUUAAUGGGUUCUCUUUAGCAGAUAAUGACUCUUCCAACGAUGCAGAAAACAGUAAUUGGAAGAACUAUAGUAAGCAACAAUUGACCUUGAUUUUCCUUUAUUAUCAUGCAAAAUUCUUGAUUUAUUUACCCAUUAUAUCUAAGUAUGGCAAUCACUAUAAUGUGGGAUUGCUGCAGAAAGAACAAUUAACGAAAGAGAAAGGGAAUAUCGCAGCAAUUGUUUCAAGUGUGAGUAUGAUUCAACAAUCAUCCACGAGGAUUCUCGAAGUGUUGAAGAGUUUAUCCAAAUAUUCAUCCUCUUACGUUUUACCUAUCCCCAUUAAUAUUUCGAGGCAACAAGCAAGGUUUGCACUUUUAGUAGCAAAAGGAAGUCUUGAGUAUAUAAAGGGAGGACCAUUGUAUCAAAACCUGAAAACCUUGUUAUUGGAUACGGUUGCAUAUUUAACAGCGGAAACCAACCACGAAAUACCUGGCGGGUUGACGAAAAAUUCUGUCAAGCUUUUGGAGCUUGCAAUAUUAAGUAUUUUUGGCUUGAGCUGUAAUAAGACUCCGCAAAACAUGAAAAAGAAACCAAAUCCGUCAGGUGUUCCUAUAACUAAAAUGGCAGUUGCAAGGGAACCUGUAUCACAACUUGAUUCUUAUAAUAAUAAUUUCAUUAUACGACCAAAUAAUAUUUCUUCAAAGACUCCUUCGCCAACUGUGUUUGAUAAGAAUAGUGUCCCUCAAGACAAUAGCAUUAACGUUGAAAAAAAUGAAGAUGGUAUUUCACUUCAACAACAGGAUUAUGGGGGCUAUCUCAGUUCCUUAGGCCCAGAAGGAUCACAAAACAAUAGCAACAAUCUAUUUAAUGAUGAUGGCCUCGAAAACAUUGAAAGUAUAUUGAAAUUUGAUCCUUUCAAGGUUACUUUGAAUAGUCAAUUGAUGAUGAAUGAAUUUGCAGCCGAUGGAUCCCUAGGUUUAGUACCGUUCUUAGAUAUGAGCAAUCCCCCUAGUGGAGAUGAAGCUUCACAGAUGUAUGAUGGCUCAUCACAGGUGAAGAUUGAAGAUCUGGACCAGAGAGUUUCAGAUGGUCAAUAUUCGAGUUUCUUUGAAUGGUCGUAG